AUGCCAGCCGCUACACCCCCGCCCACCAUUCCCCUUGACGUGGUGGAGGAGAUACUCUGCCUACUAUCCCCAGAAACUUCGGAUGAACAUCGUCCGGGUAAUCAUCCUGGCAAGGAGAUAAAGGCUGCACGAGCUGCCCUCGCAAGAUGCGCACGGGCGUGUCGCGCGCUUCGCGAACUAGCGGCGAGGGUUCUCUGGAGAGAACAGGAUCUCAGCGAGUUCUGCGGCGCUGUCUUACCGCACUCUAAACUGGGCUUCGUCAAGUGGCCUAUGCGGAUCGGAUUUGGAGACGUCUUCGCAGGAGACGGAGGGGAUGAUGAUACGAACGCAGACAUGGCUGUGGGCGUUGCCUCCAACUAUCCCUACACCUACGACCGAUAUCUGCGGAUGAGUGGGCGCGCUUCGCGCACUACGCGUCGUUUGUCCGGGUUCUCCACCACCGCUCGCACACGAUCGACUUCUGUCUUUGCCUUCCUUCAGCAGCAUGCACGCGGCAAGCCACUGUUUCCCGGUGUGCGCGAACUCACGUGGGCGCACGCCACGCCCGACAUACUCUCAGUCAUCUCGCCCUCAAUUCGCAUCCUGCGCCUGGAUUGGGAUCGCGGCAUUGAGGUACGCGAAUACUGGUAUCGCGUGCGCCGACAUGCGCUCAAGCAACUCUUACCGACUAUACUGCGCGAACUACCUGAACUUGAAGAGCUUCACUUCGGAUCGCUCGGACACGAGGCCUUUUGGGACCCGCUGAAGUCGGUGCCCAGUGGCCAUGUUCUCAGUCAAAAUGUCCACAUCCUCCACAUCUCCGACUCGUGCCGUGCCCUGGCGAGAGCAGGCCUUUCCAUCAUCUCGACGCUCACGGAGUUGGUCGAACUCAAGAUUGCUGUCAUCGACGGGGUGACAGUGUUUGACCCUCAGCUGAACCACGUCUGGGAUGCAUCCUCCAUUCGUACGUUUGCAAAUCUGAGACGUCUGCGACUCGACGGUCGGACGACCACCGUAGCAGCCCUCCUCAAUGCGAUCGUUGCCCCGAAACUGGAGGACUUUGAGCUGACUUGUCGGCGUAACGAGGAGGAUGAGACCGCAGUUGUGGAUGGGGGUGCGCUCUACGCGGCAUUCGAUCUCUUGCGCCGCAGGCACGCCGCGUCACUACGGAUUUUCAAGUUUCAUUUUCAGUACCCGUCUAUUGAGUUAUUUCCCUCUUCAGCAACGGAGCCAGGAUUCUCCACCACGGCGACUCCACUGCUCAAGCUUCGCCACCUCGAACACGUUGAGAGACUCCUAUACUAUGGUUCAAGCAUCGAAUUGGAGCAUACCAGCUAUUUCCCGAUCAGUGCUUGUGCCUUACUCGCUGCGUGGCCCAGGUUGCAUACGCUCAACUUGCCAGGUUCGGCGCUUUUCCCAAAUAUGCUCCAAGACAUCGCACGCGCAGGCACCAAGUUACACAGUCUGACAGCGCUGGAGUUCUACUGGAUGGUCCCGCGACUCCUCGCUGACGACUUCCCUCGUCUGGACACCGCACUCCGACAACUUCGUAUAGAGACCUACGACGUAGGAACUUCGGGAAUUGACGAGAUUUCGCGCUUCCUGGACUCACUGUUCCCGCAUCUCGACAUCGAGUUGUGUUCAGUGCCGUGCCGCACUCGGGAUCCACCGGCUGCCACAGAGAUUGAGGCCAUCAAUCAUCAUGAUGUUAUGAAGGCAGUGAAGGAAUUGCAGCUUGCACGACAUAUCGACAGUCUAGAAGCAAGACCAUCGAUGGGCAGUGACUCUGAUUCUCAGGCUUCAAGUUAG